AUGGCUGGCUCUACCUCAAUCAGCGAUCAAUCAACCCAGGCCGAAAAAACCAAGGAGAUUGACCCAACCCAAUCCGACAUUGAGAAGCAAGAUGCAUCCUCAAAAGAAACAACUAAUCAACCAGCUGGAAAACCAGGUCCUCCGGGGGGCCCACCAGGCAUCCAGUACGCACCCAAGACGCUCAAAUUCUGGCUGAUAAUGGUCUCCAACUUUCUAUCCCUUUUCAUCGUCGCCCUCGAUCGAACGAUCCUCACGACAGCUAUUCCACGAAUUACAGACGAAUUUAACAGCCUCGGUGACAUUGGCUGGUACGCUUCAGCAUACAUGCUCACAAGCGCAACCUCCCAGCUGUUGUUUGGUCGCAUCUAUAAGUUCUAUAACAUGAAAUGGGUUUUCUUGGGAUCAAUGAUCGUCUUUGAGAUCGGCUCGGCUGUGUCCGGUGCUGCUCCAUCCUCGAAUGCAUUCAUUGCUGGGCGAGCUAUUGCUGGUUUUGCAUCGGCUGGUAUUUUUUCUGGGUGCAUGCUCAUUAUCAUUCCUUUGGUCCCACUUCAUAAGCGGCCUAUGUUCCAGGCUGCCUUCGGAGCUGUUUUUGGCAUUGCUUCUGUUAUGGGGCCGCUUAUUGGGGGUGGUUUUACUAGUAGUGUUACUUGGAGGUGGUGCUUUUAUAUUAAUCUUCCUAUCGGCGCAGCCACCUGGGUGUUCAUGGCCUUGGUUUGGCAUCCCGAGAAGGUCCACCGCGAACCCGCCCCUAUCACAACACACAUCAAACGCCUCGAUCCUCUGGGUACCUUUUUCUUGGUCCCGGCGAUUGUGUGUCUCCUGCUGGCCUUUCAAUGGGGUGGCUCGACGUAUGCUUGGAGCAGUGGCCGCAUCAUCGCCCUGUUCGUUCUUUUUGGAGUUCUGAUAAUGGCUUUCGCCGCCGUUCAGAUACUCAUGCCCGAGACGGCAACAAUACCUGCCAGGAUCAUCACUCGUAGGAGUAUCCUAAGCGCAGCCCUCUUCACGUUCUGUGCAGCGGGGUCCAUGAUGAUGAUGAUUUACUACAUUCCAAUUUGGUUCCAAACCGUCAAACUGGUCAACCCUGUUAAGUCCGGGAUUCAUACUUUGCCCGUCGUGCUCAGUCUAGUCGUUGCAAGCUUUGUCUCCGGUUUCAUUACCCAAAGGAUUGGAUACUACGUCCCCACAAUGAUCCUUUGCCCUUGUAUUAUGUCUGUUGGACUUGGUCUGAUGUCAACCUUCCAGCUGGACACCGGCUCGUCACAUUGGAUCGGCUACCAGUUCUUAUGUGGAUUUGGCCUGGGUCUUGGAAUGCAGACCUCUGGCCUUGUCGUGCAAAGGGUUCUCCCGUUCUCUGACGUGCCAAUGGGAAUCGCCCUCAUGUUCUUCGUUCAGCAAAUCGGUGGCUGUAUUUUUGUCACUGUUGGCCAGACGAUUUUGAGCAAUCUUCUUGUUUCCGAGCUCACGGGUGUUCCGGGUAUAGACCCGAGCCAGAUUGUCAAUCAAGGUGCCACGAAAUUGGCAUCUUUGGUUGCGCCAGAUAAUCUUGUUCUGGUUCAGCGGGCUUAUAACUCGGCUUGUACGAGGAUCUUCCUUGCUUCCAUGGGUUUAGCCUUUGCUGCACUUCUCAGCUCCCUUGGUAUGGAGUGGAAGAGCAUCAAGAAGGGAAAGAAUGGCCAAGAUGGUGCAGGUGGAUCUGAUGCUCGCAGUGCCAGUGGUGAGAAUGAGGACCAAAAGUCAGACACGUGCCAAGGAACGGAGCAUAAGGACUCUUAG